GCCCAAAAUAUGUGGGUCACUCGAGUGCUAAUUUAUCCAGUUAAGUGAACUAAAGGCUAGACCGUUACUACUAGUUGUAAUCCGGACGGACACCGUUGCAAAAGCACCGUCAUCGUCAACCACUUGCUCGGCAAUGGAAACCUUGAACGUCGUCUCACCUCUAUGUGGUAGCAGCAUAUCCGUGGGCCACCGCUCUCAGCUAUGGCAGCGCCUACACUUUAGUCCACACUCUCCUAUUCUACUCGGAAGCAGAAAGCUGAAGAUAUCACAGCUGAAGGCUGGUUUUUGGGAAUCCAUCAGAUCUGGGAUUAUGAAGAACAAUACAACACAGGUUAUUGAGUCAUCUACUGAUGUCGAAGAAGAUGAAGAACCACUGCCUGAGGAAUUUGUUCUUGUUGAGAAGACCCGAUCAGAUGGUGUGAUUGAACAGAUUAUUUUUUCUUCGGGUGGAGAUGUUGAUGUGUAUGAUUUACAAGCCUUGUGUGAUAAGGUUGGUUGGCCUCGCAGGCCACUAACAAAAUUAGCUGCAGCUUUAAAAAACAGCUACAUGGUAGCUGCACUGCACUCCACAACUAUAUCAGCUGAAAAAGAAGGGGAUGACAAUAGGAAGCUAAUUGGACUAGCUCGGGCUACAUCUGAUCAUGCCUUCAAUGCAACAAUCUGGGAUGUCCUUGUCGAUCCUGAAUACCAGGGACAAGGUCUUGGAAAAGCCCUGAUUGAAAAGAUUAUUAGGGCUCUUUUGCAAAGGGACAUUGGAAAUAUUACAUUAUUUGCAGACAGUCAAGUUGUCGAGUUUUAUCAGAACCUGGGGUUUGAACCUGAUCCGGAGGGUAUCAAAGGUAUGUUCUGGUAUCCGAGGUUUUGAAUUCUCUCCAAUGUUGAGCAACUCUAGUUGAUGCCAAUACAUUAUGGCAUUCCAUGCUUCGAGUAAAACGGGCGUGGCUUAUUGGGAGGGGAGAAUCUGUAUCUUUUAUUAUAAUUUUGCAUAUAUUGGCAUGUAUGCUUGGUUUUCAUUUGUUCAUGAAUAUAUGCCAUUAUAAUUUUCUACCUAAUCUUUGUAGCUUGUUAACAUGUAAAAGUAAUUUAUACUUUAUUAUGUUCAA